UUGGAUCCGAAGGAGGACCAUAAUUCGUCAAAAGCUUUUAAUUAAAUAUAAAAUAAAACAGAGAAAGUGGAAAAAGUUGAAUUGCUUUUGUUUUUGAGCCAAGCUCUCCAAUUUCAACUCCUUCUUCUCUGCGGCCUCUGUAUGUAUGCAGCAACUUUGUCUCAUCUUUGAAGUUGUGUAGAUUAAAGGACCAGGAGAUUUUAAGCUUGCUUCUAAUCUGGGGAGGAAUCGUAACCUUUUGGGCAUUAUGCAUGUCUGGUCCUGCGGCCAUUGCUGAUCAUGUUGAACGGUCACUAACUUCUGCAGAUAGAACAAAAUCUGUUGACCUCAUUAUUGAUAGAGACUAUCACUCUGUAUCAAUCAACGGUGAAGCUGCCCAUUCUUCUUCUGAAGCUGCAUCUUUUAGAGUUGGGGAGCUCAGUCUUCCCAAUGGGGAAUCUUAUUCUGGGUCAUUGCUUGGCAAUGUCCCUGAGGGCAAUGGGAAAUAUGUUUGGUCAGAUGGUUGUACUUAUGAGGGAGAGUGGAGACGUGGGAUGAGGCAUGGAAAUGGAAAAAUUCAAUGGCCUUCGGGGACUGCAUAUGAGGGUGAAUUUUCAGGUGGUUACAUACAUGGUACUGGAACAUAUAUUGGUUUCAGUAGUUUGACCUAUAAGGGAAGAUGGCGGUUAAAUGUCAAACAUGGAUUAGGAUACCAAGUUUACCCCAAUGGAGAUAUCUUUGAGGGCUCUUGGAUUCAGGGAAUACCAGAAGGACCAGGAAAGUAUACUUGGGCUAAUGGGAAUGUCUAUCUAGGGAAUAUGAAAGGAGGUAAAAUGACAGGUAAAGGGACUUUUACAUGGAUAAAUGGCGACUCGUUUGAGGGAAACUGGUUAAAUGGUAUGAUGCAUGGAUUCGGAGUAUAUACAUGGAGUGAUGGUGGUUGCUAUGUUGGAACUUGGACACGUGGUCUGAAGGAUGGAAAAGGAUCAUUUUACCCAACAGGCAGCCGGUUUCCAGCUGUACAAGAACGAUACCUCAAUGCUCUAAGAAGAAGAGGGGUAUUGCCAGAUUUGAGAAAACAGAAUCAGGCACAUAUCCAUCAUGCAUCAUCAGUGGAUAUGGCAAACAUCAAGGCUGGCAGGGACCAGGGGCCUCGUCGUAAUUCAGCUGAUAAACUGUCCAAGGGAAGCUUGUUAACUUUAGAGCACUCCCGCAACAAAAAUGUUUCUCUAGAACGGCGCUGGAGCCUUGAGGUAUCUAUUGAAAAGGUGAUAGGGCAUAAUUCCUCAUUGGAGUUAUCAGAAUAUGCCUUUGAUGGCAGUGAGAAAGAGUUUGAAACCAAUGUACCGCCAAUCUUGGAACGGGAAUAUAUGCAAGGUGUUCUAAUCAGUGAGCUUGUGUUGAAUAAUAGUUUUUCAUCAUUGUCUAGAAGGGCCAAACGGCGGCAAAAGAAACUUGCGAAAGAGGUUAAGAGGCCUGGUGAAACAAUUAUUAAAGGACACAGGAGUUACGAUUUGAUGCUUAGUUUGCAGCUUGGAAUAAGGUAUACUGUUGGAAAAAUUACACCUGUACAGAGGCGAGAAGUUCGCGCAUCAGAUUUUGGGUCAAGGGCUAGCUUUUGGAUGAAUUUUCCCAAAGAUGGGUCACAGUUGACACCAUCACAUCAAUCAGAUGACUUUAAGUGGAAAGAUUACUGCCCAAUGGUUUUCAGGAAUUUGAGGGAAAUGUUCAAGAUUGACGCUGCUGAUUACAUGAUGUCAAUUUGUGGAAAUGAUGCUCUUAGAGAACUUUCCUCUCCUGGGAAAAGUGGUAGUAUUUUUUUCCUGUCUCAAGAUGAUCGCUUCAUGAUUAAGACGCUCCGGAAAUCUGAAGUGAAGGUACUGCUAAAAAUGCUUCCAGACUAUCAUCAUCAUGUAAGGUCAUAUGAAAAUACACUCAUAACAAAGUUUUUUGGGCUUCACAGGAUCAAACCUUCAAGUGGCCAAAAGUUUCGCUUUGUAGUUAUGGGAAAUAUGUUCUGCACAGAAUUAAGGAUCCACCGAAGGUUUGAUUUGAAAGGUUCGUCGCUGGGUCGAUCUACAGACAAAAUUGAAAUUGAUGAGAACACAACACUGAAGGAUUUAGAUCUAGACUACUGCUUCUAUUUGGAGCCUUCUUGGCGGGAAGCUUUAUUAAAGCAAAUUGAGAUCGACAGUAAAUUUCUGGAAGCACAACACAUUAUGGAUUAUAGCCUUUUGCUAGGUGUGCAUUAUCGAGCCCCCCAGCACCUGCAAUCUCUAACGCACAACCGUAGCAGGAGAAAUGAAGGAUUGGAAGUGUUGGCGGAGGAAGAUACCAUAGAAGAUGAAAACUAUCCACAAGGUCUUGUCUUAGUCCCCCGCGGAACAGAUGAUAAUAGUGUUGUUGUGGGUCCUCAUAUUAGAGGUAGCCGAUUGAGAGCAUCAUCUGCUGGUGAUGAGGAAGUGGAUCUCCUUCUUCCUGGUACAGCAAGGCUCCAAAUUCAGCUUGGUGUGAACAUGCCUGCAAGGGCAGAACAAAUUCCAGGGAGUGAGGAAAAACAAACAUUUCAUGAAGCAUACGAUGUGGUUCUUUAUCUAGGCAUAAUUGAUAUACUACAAGAGUACAACAUGAGUAAGAAAAUAGAACGUGCGUACAAAUCUCUUCAGUUUGAUUCCUUGUCCAUCUCUUCUGUGGAUCCCACAUUUUAUUCCAGCAGAUUCCUAGAGUUCAUCCAGAAGGUGUUUCCCCCAAAUGCCAUUACAGGUUAAUAACAUUUUGGUUUUGAUACAUUCACAUCCCUUUUUUAUGUUUCUUCUUUUCUUUUAAUCUUAUGAUGCUUGUAUGCUUCAGAACUCUCUUUCAAUAUCUAAUGAUUGAUCUGAGUGAAAUUCUUGUA